UUUUACCGUAACUUCUGGCAAAUAGUUUUUGUGUCAUGCAUUCAUGAGCUGUUUUCGUUUUGUGUUCACAAAAUCUUUUCAUUGCCUUGUAUCCUCUAAUUAAUGAGAGAGAUAAAAUUUCUUUUGUUAAAUUAACAGCGAAUAUCCAUAUUAAUAUGGCAUCUGCAACAGAUAAAAUGCAUCAAAGAGUUGGAUCCAUAGUAAUGAAUGAAGAAGGAGGUAUUAUUUCAUCAUCUGGAGAUUUAGAAAACAAUGAAAAUGUUGCAAGCAUUUUCCACCAGAUGGUUAAAGGAGCUGAUAAAACAGUUCUUUCCUUAUCUGAUAAAGCAGAUGGUUUCAAGAAAUUAUCAGUAAAUUAUGAGGACUUCUCUUAUGUUGUGGCUGUUUCCAACAAAAAGAUACAUGUGUCCAAGAUAAUUGGAACUGAUUCCAAUUAGUGUGAGCGAGUUACGUUCCAAUUGGUUUCUUAUUGAAUUGUACAAUUGACUGCAUAAUCUUUCUUUUUGUAAACAUUGUUUGGUAAAUAUUAUAAAUGUAUAUAUCAUAAAUAAAUAUAAUAAAAUGUUAA